CUUUGACGUUCCACUGAGGUUUUGACAUUAGGUAAAACUUGUGGGUACUGUGUAAAACUAUUUUUUUAUUCAAAUAUUGAAUUUUGUAUGAUAUGAAAACGCCCACACGUAUGAUCUACAUUUUUAAAUAGAAUUGCAACUUAAUGCCCGUUAAAGAUCCGUGCAAAGCAUUUGCAUGUAGGAUUCAAGCUUGUUUAAAAGGAAGGGAUUUUCAAGAGCCGGCUUGCCAGGACGUUAUAGAGGACAUGCGAGAAUGCUGUAGAAAGUGGAAGGAUAAAAGUUUCGUUUGCAACGGUAUGAACAUCACCCCUGCUGAGGAGAAAAAGAAAGACUAGUAAAUACAGUAUAUUAUGAAUCAAGCGCGUGGUAAAAGAAACCGUGGCCUUAUCUACAAAUAUCCUCGUACUUUUGUGAUCGGGUCAACGAUCGCUGCUUUGCUAGCGUUAUUCUCUAGGCCGAUCUACGACGUGUUCUUCAGUAAAGAGCCCAUCGACUACGAAAAGGUGCUAGCAGAGCACAGGGCACAAAAAGCCAAGAGACAUGGAGUCCGUAAAGAAAGCAAAGCAGAGGUACAAGCAGUACCCCCUACUUCUAGCUAAAUGUGGGAAGGAAGCAUCUGUGUAUGGCCAAUGUGUUUUGAAAAAAGACAAUUUGAAAUUAAACGACUGUAUUGAGGAAUUCACAAAGUUCAAAGGGUGUUUGCAACAAGCUGCUAAAGCAUUGAACACUAGAAUAUAAAAUAUUUAAAAAUGUCUCUUUAUGACUCGUUUGUAAAUAUCAAUUAUAAAUUUCAUCUCUCCUUUUCACUCAUAGUUAGGAUCUUAUUAAUCAUAUAUGGAAACUAUCAUGAUAGCAUUUCAGAAGUUAAAUAUACCGACAUUGAUUACAAAGUGUUUACAGAUGCAGCUAGACACGUUGCAUUCGGUGGUUCUCCUUAUGACCGAUCUACUUACCGUUAUAGCCCGAUAAUUGCUUUACUGUUAAUUCCAAAUAUUACGAUCCAUCCUAGUUAUGGGAAACUGCUUUUUUCACUGAUUGAUAUUUUAGUAGCAUUGCUAAUUCGUGCUAUUGUAAAAAACAGUCUGAAAAACUACGAAUCUUACAGUCAAAAAGAUGCGUCUAAUAAGAAUGUACAACAAAUCAAAACUGAAACUUCAGAAACCAGAAAGAAAAAGAAAAAACGUCAGUCUAAUAAACAACAGUUGAAUAUGAGUAAGAGACAGCUAGAGAGUAAAAACGAUGUAGAUCAUAUCGCUGAUUUGUGUAUGACAGCAUGGUUGUAUAACCCUUUAACUAUUGCGAUAAGUACAAGGGGUAACAGUGACUCACUAGCUGUAUUUUUAGUUUUGCUCACUUUGUAUUUCAUUCAAUGCAAGCAUUAUCCAUUUCUGGCAGGGAUUGUACAUGGUAUAUCCAUCCAUUUUAGAUUGUAUCCAAUCAUCUACAGUCUGACUUAUUUCAUGUACUUUAGCAAAUAUUCUUUCUAUACAACGGAGGAUAGAAGAAUAAAAAAGAAAAAUCUCAAUGCUGUUACAAAUGAGAAAGUGAGAAAACAAUUAAAGAAUGUAGAAAAUACUAUUGUAGAAAGCUCAUCCCUUGGUGGGCACAAAAUGAUGCCAGUGCAUGAUGUUGACGAGAAAAAAACAAUUUUUAAACUGAAAUAUCUGUUUUACGUCAUUCCUAACUUUGAUCAGCUAAAAUUAAUCUCAGGUUGUCUGCUGUCACUAGGCUGUUUUACUGUAAUGUUUUAUAAGAUGUAUGGCUAUAAGUUUUUGUAUGAAACUUACAUUUACCAUUUUGUGAGAAAGGAUCCUAAGCACAAUUUUUCCUUGUAUUUUUAUCUUCAAUAUCUGACAGCUUGGGUGAAGAAUAUCGGUAUGUGGCAAAAGGUUCUAAUGCUGCUACCUCAGCUAGUGCUGAUACUGGUGUUUUCCGUGAGAUACGGUCUCAACAAGAUAUCUUUGAAUUUCUCCAUCCUGACACAAACCAUCGUGUUUGUGAUAUACAACAGCGUGCUCACCUCGCAAUACUUUGUGUGGAUAAUGGCUGUGUUACCGUUAUGCCUUUGGCAAAUCAAAAUGUCCAGGAAUUCAGCAUUGUUUUUGAUGACGAUCUGGUUCGUAGCUCAGGCAGUUUGGCUUCUGCCAGCUUAUUUGCUCGAGUUCCAGGGCCAGAAUACCUUCCUUUUCAUUUGGAUACAGAGCGUGUCGUUUUUCUGUGCCAAUAUUGCUAUCUUGGGUAGGCUGAUCACGUAUUUUAUGCCAGUGAAAGGGAAAAUGGGAUGAGACGUAGUAUGUGUUUUGUAGUUUGAAGUAGGUGUGAUAAAAUUUGUACCAUUUGUAUUGUUGUAUUUGAAAUAAAUGUGGUGAAAAAAUGUGCUUUAUUUGACAUUCAGUCUACCAGCAUUCUCAAUAUGACCAUCAAAACGACUUAAAUGGAUUUAGGUAGCAAUGAUCUUUUUAUUCAUAUAAAACAUAAUUAUAAAGAGCAACUUUUGUACAUUGAAAAUAGCGA